CUUGCUUCCGAGGUGAACGAGCCACUGGUACAGCAACCCAAUCGAUAACGUCACUGUACAGCGGAGGCUGUAGCCGAAGGGAAGGUUAGGAAAUGGCCGGCCUAUCCAUGGCGUCGUCGCUGCUUCCCCUCUCGUCUUCCCUCUCCAUCGCGAGCAGAGGCUCGUCGUUCUCGUGCCCCGGAUCCCUCUCCUUCCCCACUCCCUCCCCUGCCUCAAAGUCGCAGCAGCGCGGGGCGCUCACCAUCCGCUGCGUCCGUGUCGGUGGGGUGGAAAUCCCCAACAACAAGCGGGUGGAGUUCUCGCUCCGGUACAUCCACGGCAUCGGCCGUGUUCGGGCUCGUCAGAUCCUCUGCGACCUCUCCCUGGAAAACAAGGUCACCAAGGACCUAUCCGACGAGGAGCUCAUCUCCCUCCGGGAUGAGGUCUCCAAGUAUAUGAUAGAAGGCGACCUCAAGCGGUUCAAUAGGCUGGCGAUUGAGAGGCUGAAGGAAAUCCGGUGCUACAGGGGAAUUAGGCAUGAGAUGGGGCUCCCUUGUCGGGGGCAGAGAACAAAGAACAACUGCCGCACCCUCAAGGGCAAGAAGGUCUCGGUUGCUGGCAAGAAGAAAGCUUCUCGUUGAGUAAUCUGCAGUUUUCUUUUCAUUGUAUAUUUUGUUGGAAUUGCUCCACCUCUGGUAAUAUUGGAACUUGAAUUUUUUUUUCCACUGGUUAUGUUAUUCUGACAACAGUUCCUUUGGAGUUAUCUUGGAUAUGAAAUGGCUUUCUUUUCUCUUGAUGUAUUGGAUACUGAUGUUUAUGGUGGAUAUUAACAAUGCAAUUUUGUCA